AUGGCCAAGCUGCGGGGCGCCGAGGUGGUGGCCACCGUCGGCUCGGACGCCAAGGCCGAUCUGGCCCGGGCCGCGGGAGCCGACCACGUCGUGAACUACACGACCACCGACCUGGUGGCCGGGGUGGAGGACGCAGUCGGCCCGGAGGCCAUCGACGUGGUCUACGACGGGGUGGGCGCGGCCGUGUACGACGACAGCCUGCGCCUGCUGCGCCUACGGGGGUCGAUGGUGACCUUCGGCAACGCCUCGGGCGCGGUGGAGCCCAAAGCGCCGCUUCACCUCAUGGGCAAGUCGCUGUGGCUGACCCGGCCCAAGCUGUGGGACUUCAUCUCGACCCGAGCCGAGCUGGACGCCCGGGUCUCGGAUGUGUUCGGCUGGAUCGCGUCGGUGACCCUCGACAUACGUAUCGCUGGGCGAGGCUGCCGCGUGGCCGAGGCGCCGAUGCCCACCGGCUGCUUCAGGGCCGCAGCCUGGCCGGAAAGAUCCUGCUCCUGCCGUGAGCAACCGACGCGCUCCCGGCGGCGCUCCGUGAACGACGGCCCCGUAGCGCACGGGGCAUCGGCGCUCACCGACGACGAGAUCCGGGCCGAGGCAGAGUUGCUCGACACCGCUGAGCGCGAGCGCAUGCAGGUCCGCCAGACCACCGUCGCCUACCCGCACUUACCAUCGAGGAGGCCUACCGGGUGCAGCGGCCUGGCUUGGAGAUCCGGCUGGCCCGGGCGAGCGGGUGAUCGGCCACAGAUCGGCCUCACCAGCCUGGCCUGCAGCAGCCAUGAGCAUCGACAACCCCUGACUCGGGGUUCCUGA